AUGAUAUUUAGGGAAUUCGCAAUCGUGAUCCUACACGCACUGUGCUCGGCAUCCGAUCAGGUCUGUUACGUGGUAGCAGCGGAAUCACCAGCGAUUGACAAUUUGGUUGCAUUCCUAGAAAUGGGUGAUGCUAAUAUGCACCAAAUUGCGCAACAGCACGGUAUUCAAGCGCUUCGGGAAAAUCCAGAAGUGAUGGGAACAUCGGUUCCAAUGUUGAGGCGCUCCGCAUCAAUACUGCAGCAGCUAUGCAGGAUGGACUCGAAAGUUGGUCAAAUAAUAACGGAAGUACUGUUCGCAAUGCAGCUUGCUGAACAGUCGGAGGCAGAAAGUGGCAGCAAAAGCAGUAAUAACAAGAAUGCGGAAAAGGAGAAGCAAAGCAUUCAGGAAGAAGCUUCUCCGGAACAAAAAAGUGCUGAUACCGCUCAAAAAUCGAGCGAAAAAACCAACGGUGAUACCGCACCUGCCAAAGGAGACUCACAGGACAGCACUGAUACAGUGGAGCAGCCACAAAAUACACGAAAACGCCCAGCUGCCCAUAAUGGCGUCCCAAAAGUGGUAGUGGAAAAUGCAGACAGCAACGGUGAAGAUGGUGAUGCUGCUGAUGGUACUACUGCUGAGAAUGAAGAGGAAUUGAAAAAAACAGCGGAAAAGGACAGUAUGCUUGCGCCAGUAACGAAGAAGCCAAGACUGGAAAACGGUCUUGUGAAUCACGUUAUUACAACAAGCAAUAAGAAUAACAGUAGUACAAGCAACAGUAGCAGCAGCAGCAGCAACAGCAGCAACAGCAGCAGCAACAGCAGCACAUCAGCUGGAAAACCGCUUGUAAAUGGCGAUCUGAAACCAACAGUAGAUGCAAUGCAGAAUGCAUCCAAAAGUACAGCAGCAGCAGCAGCUGCUACAACACCAACAGGAUCGGUACAAGCAGUUGCAUGA